AUGGUAAACAAGAUGGAGUGGUCCAGAGACCUAACUUUAGCUCUGAUAGAGCAAUAUGAAACUUAUCCAUGUUUAUACGACACAAAACAUAAGUUUUAUAGCAAUAAACACGCCAGGACUGAUAAACUGCAGAAAAUUACGGAUGAAUUAAAAAACAUUGAUGGGCGGGUAACAGUAGACGAUGUUAAGAAAAAAUUAACCAGCUUGAGGCAGUCGUUUUCACACGAGAACACCAAAAUGCACGACAGCCAAAAGUCCGGUGCUGGCACAGAAGAAAUGUACGAGCCAUCAGUUUGGUGGUACGAAAAGCUUUUGUUUUUGAUACCUCAUGUAAAAACACGAAAAACUAAAAGCUCUUUGGACCUAUUGACUCAAGUUAUUGAUGAUGAUGAAGAAGAGGCUCUGGAUAUCGACAGCGCCACUAUGGAUUCUUCAUCUACCGAAAGAAGUGUAACCGAGAGUAUACCACCACAAUCCUCUAGAGGGAAAAGAAAGCGCCAGGAAGUGGAAAUAUCCGAUCCGAUUAUGACAAAGACCGUUUCCAUGCUUGAUAUUUUAGGGUCGAAAUUAACGGCUUCAUCAACUGUGGAAACUUCCAAAAGUGAUGUUGAAGUAUUUGCUGACUAUGUGGCCCGGGAACUGCGGGCUAUAGACGAUGAAGACGUUUUAACUGACGCCAAACAUGAGAUUAACAAAAUCCUGUACGACAGCAAAAAGAAAUGGCUGACAAUCAAGAAACAGAACGAGACAGCGACAAUUCUUUAUGUUGAUCACCCACCAAAUGCUAUUAACCUAAAUAAAUAA